AUGAUUAAUAAAGAAUACAAAAAGCAUAAGAUUUACCAUUAUACCUCAACAGAUAAGGAGAAGCAAGCAAAUGCUGCCUUCCUGAUGGGUGCAUUCAUGAUCAUCGUCCUAGGCUACAACGCUGGUAAAGCUUUGGAGGUUUUCAAGGAAAGCGGUAUAUCUUUCAAGCCCUUCAGAGAUGCGAUCAUGGGCGAGUCCACUUACAAAUGCACUAUUAAGGACUGCCUGGAAGGACUCUACUGCGGAAUUCAACUCGGAUGGUAUAACUACGAUACUUUUGAUAGAAAAACUUAUGAGAAACUUGAGAAAGUCGAAAACGGAGAUAUGAAUUGGAUUAUUCCUGGCAAGUUUCUUGCAUUCGCUAGUCCUUCUAAUAACAAAUAUGAUGAGGACGGUAAAAGACAGUAUACCCCAGAGGACUAUAACCCCAUAUUCAAAAAAUUUGGAAUUGAUCUUGUGGUUAGAUUAAGUGAGAAAGAGUACGAUGAGACGAUCUUUACAGAUAAUGGAUUCGAGCAUCUUGAUAUACCAUUUGUAAGUUGAUCUAUCCCUCCCCAGGAUGUAAUUAGCAAAUUCUUAGAAAGAGCCGAAGAUACAUCUGGAGGAAUCGCAGUCCACUGUAAGAGUGGCCUUGGAAGAACUGGGACUCUUAUUGGACUUUACUGCAUGAAGCACUACGGAUUUCCUGCUGCUGCCUUUAUUGGAUGGAUUAGGAUCUGUAGGCCAGGAUCUGUGGUCGGACCUCAACAACAUUAUCUCAACGAGAUCGAAGAGGAUAUGAUGACACAGGGUGAUAGCUUGAAUAAAAAGAAAGAACUUAUUUCAGAAAUGGUUGACACGAUUCCUGAUGAGAAGAAGCUUUUGAUGGCUCCUCGUAUGAAGAGAAUAAAAAGAAUUAGAGAUAGGGACCAAGUUGAAGGUUAAAAGAAUUAAAAA